AUGCAGCAUUACUCCGAGGCUUCGCCCUCAUUCUACGUUCCUACAGACGACUCCGACGCUGGGAACAGUAGUGAUCAAGACACAGAGCUUUACCAACACGGACUCGAGUCUUUAGACGCCAGAUCCUACACUGGUGAUAGCAGCGAUCAAGAAACCGACCACCCCGCUCCCGACGACUCCGAAGCCGGAGACAGCAGUGACCAGGAGACCGACUACCGUGCUCCCGACGACUCCGAAGCCGGAGACAGCAGCGACCAGGAAACUGGUCAGCCCGCUCCCGACGACUCCGAAGCUGGAGACAGCAGUGAUCAAGAGGCCGACGACCUUGCGGAAACCUCUUCUGAACACAAGCUUUCCUCCAGGAACGUCUCCGCUGUUGAACGUUUCACAUCUCUGUCCUCCGACCCAAACCCAAACCCUCACAACCCGCCUCCCACUCACGACGACGACCCUCCUGAGGCGACCGUUCCUGUAGCUGCUACUGCGGCGGGCACCGGUCCUCGCGAUUAUAGAACUAUUUUUUCGAACACGCCCUCGAGCACACGCCAAUUCGAGGUGGAACUGUCCAGAAGUAACUUGAAACCCUAUCGAGAGGAUUUGAACUCAGAAAUGUGGUGGAACGAGCUCCCGUGCUAUGACUGGUUCAAAGCCUGCAUACCGCCGUCUAUCCUGGCCCAAUGUCCCACAGACGGUUACAACAAGAUUCACAUGGACGAAGAACUACCUCCACUUGAGAAAGAUCUCUAUCCUGGCAUCCGCGACGGCCUUAACGGAUUGUUGCCAAACACCGAGUUGGUAGUAUACUGCAACGCCGAGAAACCCGACCGUCUCCCCUCUGGGCGCCAUAAGACUGUGCGGCCGGAUAUGGGCCUAUACUUCCUUCGUUCUGGGGCAAAGGAGGCCUAUAGUGAUGAUCCCCCGCCCGAGGUCUCCUCUGAUCAGAGCGCCGUCACAGGUGCUCCAGACACUCUCGAGGCUCCCGAGUCAUUGAAUCCCGCGCCGACUCAUCUUUCUACCGAAGACAAAGCUCGCAUGGCCUGGGCUGCGGUGGAGGUAGUGAUCGAGGUCAAGCGUGCCGACAACAGGGCACCUUUUGGACACGCUAGUAGCAAAUCGUACCUGCCACAUGGCGCGGAGCGUGUGCAGGCCAGGGGUCAACUGAUCCAUUACGCGAUAGAAGUCUACAACCACCAGCACCGUACGCACAUUUUCAUGAUAAGUAUCGUUGGCCACACCGCACGCCUUCUCUACAUGGACAGAGUGGCGGUACUUGUGUCGAAGCCGUUCAACUACGUGGAAAAUCCAGUCGAGCUCGGGAUGUUCCUUCACGCCUACAGCAACAUGACCCGAGAACAGCGUGGCUUUGACCCUACAGCCUCGCCGGCAUCUCCGGACGAAGUCGCGCUCUUUCGGGGUCUCGCACUCGACGCCGAUCCUGAAUCUGCUGUUGGCCGUGGACUCAAGUGGGCCGCUACGCCUGGUUGGCCCAUAGUUGCGCUAGACAUCCUUUCGACAUGGUCAGAUCCGGAUACCUUCCUGGACGGCAGGACCACAACACAGCUCACCACGCAUCGCUGCCUUGUGGGGAGACCUGCCCACCAGACCGCUUCCUUGGUGGGCAGAGGGACGAGAUGCUUCGUUGCGUACGACAAGACAGAGCAGAAGGCGCUGUAUAUCAAGGACAGCUGGCGUCCGGUAUCUGCGGACAUCCCGAGCGAAUUCGACAACUACCAGAGGCUCUUGGAGAAGCUGGGGCGCGACGGCUUGCAGGACAAUUUUCUCACCCUUCGUGCAGGAGGCGACGUCUUGUGGCGAGCUCCGGGCGAUGACGUUAACGGGACACCUCGGACGCAACGCACGUUCACCCAAGGACUACUUAACGCCACAUUACCCGGCCUCCCGCUGCCCAGACAACACACCAGACUGGUCUUCAAAGAGGUAUGCAAGUCGCUGGAAGAUUUCGAGGACGCCAGGGAACUCCUUGACGUAGUCGGUUUUGCUCUCCACGCGCACAAAGAUGCCUGGGAGAUCGCCGGGCUUUUACACAGAGACCUGAGCGUCGGGAACAUCCUCAUAUACGACUCUGAAGACUCUUCGAAGUUUUCAGCCAUUCUCGCCGAUUGGGAUUUGGCGAAAACUAGAGAGCGGCUGCUUCCUGGAAAUCAACGCGCUACCCAGCCAGGACCAACGUCGGGCACGUGGCAGUUCAAGUCAGCAGUGCUGCAAUGCUGCCCAAGCAAGUUGUGGGAAGUGUCGGAUGACCUGGAGUCAAUAUUCCACAUCCUCAACUGGUGUUCGCUCAAGUACCUCCCGCAUUCUUUGACAGACCAGAAGGAUCUCUUGACACUCCAAUUCCACCGUUGGUACGACGCACCCGUCAUCAAAGACCCUUCCGGUCUGGGCAGCGAAUGGAUGUUCAGCAACAAGUUUCAAGCAGUCAGCGGAGGUAGGCCGUUUGUGCAAGGUUUACCGAACGAGAACGUCAAUCCGCUGGCGAAACUUCUGAAAACCCUUGGAGAGCUAUGCAAGAUGCACUACGCCAGCGACGACAUCAAGAGGUUUUGGCCAGACAUCAUUCCACCCAAAGUCGAUGAACCCGUCGGCGCAGCGAAAACGAUGACCAAAAGGCCAAAUGUGUUUCGGCCCGGGCGCGUGCUUGAGUCGGAUGACGAGUCCGACACCCAGCCGACAGGGAGCGGCGCGGCCGCCGGUGAGGCUGAACAGCCACAGCAUCCGACUUCAUCCACCGGGGCUACCUCACCCCUCAAGGAUCACACUCUGUUCAUCGAGGCAUUCAAACCGUACCUCGGCCGCGCUCACAAGAAAAAAGUUGGAUGGACAGAGGCUGCAUGCGAGAAGCUCGGGAGUCAGCUCGUUGUGCUCAACCUGCGCUUUCCUGCGGGACUAGGCCUCAGGAGGACAUUCGACAGCUAUUCGGAGGAGGAAAGCGGCAGCACUAGCAUAAUGAGCUCCUCAUUCUAUGAGGGCGAGGAACAAGCCCCCGCCAGUGGCGAACGACUCGGACGCCUGCCAGCGGCAGGCCCAUCUGGCUAUGCCACGCCCGGUUCAGCUGUCUCAGAAGGCCUCUCCCCAUCCCCCUCGGGCUCACGUGCUAUCUCGCGCCUUCCAGACAGGGCUGGUUCACGGGCGAGCUCUGUGCCUGUCACCCGGGGCGGCCUCCACCAUCAUGCCAGCACCUCCGUCUUUCCGAGUAGCAGCAGCAUCACUCUUCCGCCUCCUAUUCCUGCUCCGCAUGGAGCCCAAGGUCGCGUCCGCAAUGUUCGGCCCAGGGGUAGCACGACCUCCAAGGGUAAGGGAAAGGGAAAGGGACGAGGGAAGGGGAAAGCCAGGGACGUCGACUGA